AGUUCGAAGUUGCACGGGAAAGUUGUCCGUAGUGAAUGUGCCACGUCUACUGGGAGGGAGAGUUAUGAACUUGCCAGAGGCUGUUGUCCUAAGCUUUCAACUACAUUUUUAACUCUAUGAGGUCGGGGGCCCUUUCUCUGUUUUUCUAGGAACUUCUUUCCUGCUCUGGCAACAUGAGGCUUUUCUUGUGGAACGCGGUCCUGACGCUGUUAGUCACUUCUUCGAGCGGGGCUCUGAUCCCUGAACCAGAAGUGAAGAUUGAAGUGCUCCAGAAGCCAUUCAUCUGCCAUCGCAAGACCAAAGGGGGGGAUUUGAUGCUGGUCCACUAUGAAGGCUACUUAGAAAAGGACGGCUCCUUAUUUCACUCCACUCACAAACAUAACAAUGGUCAGCCUAUUUGGUUUACCCUGGGCAUCUUGGAGGCUCUCAAAGGUUGGGACCAGGGUUUGAAGGGAAUGUGUGUAGGAGAGAAGAGAAAGCUCAUCAUUCCUCCUGCCUUGGGCUAUGGAAAAGAAGGAAAAGGUAAAAUUCCCCCGGAGAGUACACUGAUAUUUAACAUCGAUCUCCUGGAGAUUCGAAAUGGACCAAGAUCCCAUGAAUCAUUCCAAGAAAUGGAUCUUAAUGAUGACUGGAAACUCUCUAAAGAUGAGGUUAAAGUGUAUUUAAAGAAGGAAUUUGAAAAGCAUGGUGCUGUGGUGAAUGAAAGUCAUCAUGAUGUUUUGGUGGAGGAUAUUUUUGAUAAAGAAGAUGAAGAUAAAGAUGGAUUUAUAUCUGCCAGAGAAUUUACAUAUAAACAUGAUGAGUUAUAGAGACACAACUGCCCAUUUUAUGUAGCAUCCAUCCUUAAAAGAGAGGGUAACCAUCUUGAAAGAAAGUCUUAUUUGUUCAUAAUAUUCUGUUCAUUGUUUUUUAUUUUUAAUAUUUUUUUCUGAAUAUUAUAUGAAGAACUCCUUAGCGUUUCUAAGGACCCAUUUCUUUCUGGUGAGUUAUUGGGAAGAAAAAAACUGAUUUGUCUUGGAACAGAAGACUUCCGGACCAUUUUCACUUUCACAUAUGAAGCCUCAUGUUUUACUUGCUGGCUUCUAAUUUUAAAAUAUUGUGGCCCUAAAAAGACAAAAGACAAAAAAUAAAAUAAAAUAUUGCAACUGGGAACAUGCCCAACCUAGGACCAAGUUAUAGCACAAAUCAGCACCCUUUAUUUCUUCUUCCCUCUGUUUUCUCCAAGUUAGAUGCUAAUAUUUCACAAUUGCCCAAGGCUUAUUAUUUUCAUAUUAUAAUGAAACUAUGUCUGUAACUGCGUUUGAAUCUCUGCUUGAGAAAAGAGGAGAAUGGCUAUUGAACUCUAUUUGUUAAGAGUUACUGCUUUACUGAGAUGUGCAAUGCUGAAGUGAAUAAGAGAGUCAAUAAUUUAUAAAUAUGUAUACAUUGAAAUAUUCUGCCUAGGAUUUAAGCUACAUAGGUUGGGUUCCUAGUGAUGAAUGACCUGUCAUGAUUAAUGGAACAAAUUAUUUAUGUGUUUAUUUCUUCAUAAUACAUGUGUCAAAGUAUUGUAGAGGAGGUAGAGAGUUGUACUGAGUCGUUGUUUACUUUUUAAGGCUAGGGGAUUACCCUUCCUGGUUCUUAAUUAAUAAAGUCUGUAACUAAUAUAUUAUGCUACAGUAACACUGUUUUAUAAGAGAAAGUAGUAAGCGAAUUGAAUUUUUCCCAUUUCUACUUCAUCAAAAAAAAAAAAAAAAAAAAAAAGAGGCAGACCCACAGCAGCUGCUAUUGAAUAGAGGUCUAUCCUGGGUCAAAAAAAUGAUUUUAUAGUUUUAUCUUAAAUUGGAAUUUUUCCUUAAUACUUUUUUAAAAAUUGCCCAAAUAUCCAUUUGCUAAGAAUAGCCCUUUAUAAGUUUACAAAGUGAUCUCAUGUGCACCAUUGUCUGAUUCUCAUUGCUCUGAAGCCAAUGAAAAAAAGAGGAUAGGAGUUCCUGUCGUGGCGCAGUGGUUAACGAAUCCGACUAGGAACCAUGGGGUUGCGGGUUCGGUCCCUGCCCUUGCUCAGUGGGUUAACGAUCCGGCGUUGCCGUGAGCUGUGGUGUAGGUUGCAGACGCGGCUCGGAUCCUGUGUUGCUGUGGCUCUGGCAUAGGCUGGCGGCUACAGCUCCGAUCAACCCCUAGCCUGGGGACCUCCAUAUGCCGCGGGAGCGGCCCAAGAAAUAGCAAAAAGACAAAAAAAAAAAAAAAAAAAAAAGAGGAUAGAUCUUAAUGUACCUAUUUUAUAGAUGAGGAAAUUGUCAUUCAAGGAAAUUGAUUCUUGUGCCCAAGAUCACCAUCUAACUUGUAGAACCAGAUUUCAGUCCCCAAGUUCAGUAUCUUUCUAUUGCCCUGUACCAUUUUUUUUAAAAAGUGAAAAUAUUCUUUGAAUUCAUUGGCCCUAAUUCUCUCUUCAGUUUGCUCUCCUAGUAGUCAACUCUGGUUUUUUUCUUUAGGCCCAUAUCCUUUGAAGACCAUUAACUGGCUGUUUCUGGUACUUUUGAAUUCUCCCCAUGAUCCAGAAAUGGCUCUCUUUUCCUUGAAUAAUCUUGGGGUGAGCACUGAAUUGCCUUAAAAACCCUAUGCAGUGAGAGGG